UCAAUUUUGUGGAUUUUGAGAGGCAAGGUUUAUAGGAUAAACCUUGUUUGAAAGGUACUUAUAUAAUAUAUUAUAGUCUCAACUCUCAACUCGUAAAUUGUAAUCAUGAAAACCCACCUUAGCUUAGAUAAUUAGUUUAUUCAUUUAACUGUUUUAUGGUGGAAAACUCCCAGUCAAGACAUCUAUCCGUCAUAUAUUUUAUACAUUUUGUGUCCGUCGAUUUAAGGUUUUACAACUUUACUAAUUGUUUGUAAAAAUGACAGAGCCAGUUGAAAAAGACAGUUCCAAGCCGAUUGAAGUAAAAAACCUAGUAAAAAAUGCUACGGAUUUACAACGUUUGAAACUUGAAAGACUUAUGAAAAAUCCGGAUAAACCUGUUUAUAUACCCGAGCCACGAUCUGACAAAAAAUCUCCUCACGUUCCCGAAUUUGUGAGGAAUGUUAUGGGAUCAAGUGCUGGAGCUGGCAGUGGUGAGUUUCAUGUUUAUCGGCACUUAAGACGUAAAGAAUAUGCUAGACAAAAACACAUACAAGUAAAAGCAGAAAAGGAACUUUUGGAAGAAGCGUACCGUCAAAAAAUAUUAGAAAACAAACAAAUGGCUGAAGGGCGUACAGCUAAGAAAAGAGCAAAGAGAUUAAAGAGAAAAAAAGUUUUAAGAGAAAAAUCUAAAACGUCCAAGAAAAAAAAUACUGCGGACAGUGUUAGUGAAAAUGACUCUACUAGUGAUGAUGAUCAAAAUACAACCGGCAUAAAGUGACACAAUAUUAUAUUAAGAAUAAUAUUAAUGUAAAAAUAUGUAAAUAAUAAUAAUUAAUCAAUAAAUAGUUAUACUUUUUAUUA